UCUACGGAAAUUGAUCACCAUGGCUUGUGCUGAUAUUGGGAACAGUAGUGAUUGUCUUAAUCGCUAUUCUUUACGAGGAGAGGAGUUGACGAGGGCCGAUCAAUGCCAGGUGAUUCCGGAUAUGAUCGUUGGGAAAGCUGACGUGGCGGAUAACGGAGUCAAAGUUAUUGAGAUGACAGUUGGGAAGUGCAGACGCGGAAGGCCGCCCAGAAAUAAAGGGAAAGUCGAUUCUUUAUCGGCACCGCCGCCGCCUCCAAGGGCGAAUCAGGAUGAAGAAGAAGAAGAUGUUUGCUUUAUAUGCUUUGAUGGCGGGAGUCUCGUGCUUUGUGAUCGCCGAGGCUGUCGUAAGGCAUACCAUCCAGCUUGUAUCAAAAGGGAUGAGGCAUUCUUUAAAUCAAAGGCCAAAUGGAACUGCGGUAUGUUGCAUUUUAGUUACUACUUGUAAAUAAUUGUCACAUU